AUGACACUCAGAGAGGACUUAAAAGAGUUGGGCUGGCAUUUGAGUGAAGAAGGUAUAGAUAUUAUAACCGAAAACGGACAAAUAGAAGAUGUAAAUAUUUUAAGUAGGAGAGCUAUAGAUUUUGAUUUAAGAGAUAUUGGGGAUGGAGCAUUUCCCGAGGAUUUUCCUAAAGAUCCAUCAAAAUUAGAGAAACCAAUAGUUGUACAAAUACAAAAGAUAAGAAAUGUUGCUGCACCAAAGGCUAAUGAAGAAUCAACAUCAGCCCCUCGAAUGCUUAAAAUGAUUUUGCAUGACGGGAGAUCAACAUGUGUAGGUUUGGAAACAAGUCCCAUUUCAAAUCUUAACAUAAAUACUCCCCCGGGUACCAAAUUGUUAAUAAAUAAUGAAGAGUUGGAAGUGUGUCAUGGAGUUAUCUGGCUAAAACCAGAUGUCAUCACCAUGCUUGGUGGCAAAGUCACUCAUAUGAUAGAGAAAUGGGAACUUAAUAGAAGUCUAGCGAAACAUACUAGAGGUGGCAUAGGAGUAGAUGGUGGCCCACCGCCAUGGAUACCAUUCGGACAGAGACUGGAGGUUUUGCCUAUUGAUAAACAAUUUAAAAGCAUACAAGACUCAUCCAAACAGGACAAUGCUGAGUUUGAGGCCCAAAGAAAAGGAGCUAUUGCAGAAGCUCAAAGGAUGUCAGGAGUUAAAAAGGUCUUUGGUGGUGGUACUAAACCGCUGUUAGAUGCGAAUGUGCAAAAGAUCGUUGAUGCCGGUUUUUCUGAAGAACAAGCUGAAAAUGCUCUGAAGUACACAAAGAAUAAUCUAGACAAAGCAUUGAGAAUAUUACAAAAAAGGGAUAACUCAGAAAACAGAAGUAAAGAUAAAGCAAAGGAACCUGAUUCCUCUAAAAGAAAAGGUCGUAACAAGGAGCCUAAUGACGAAGAUGUAGUUCCUGUUAAACCUUCGGGAAAAGUUUCGCUAUUUGACUUCUUAGAAGAUAAAUUACCAAAUGUACCAGACAAAGAUAAGAAUAAUCGUCGCGAAUAUAACACGCCGUCCGAAGAUAGAGGCGAGAGGAGUUAUAACAGCAGGGAAAGAAAUAAUAAUAAAAACAGUCGCUCGCACGGUUCAAGAUACGAGGGCCCGAGACAUCGGUCGGAUAGAGGACAUAACUCCCAUGAUAACUAUCACAGUUCACACAGGGAGGAAAGAAAAUAUCAAACACAGAACGAGAAACCACCAAGGUUCCAGAAGAAAUUAGAAGAGAAGAAUAAACAUCAACAACAACAACAGGCAAAUAAUUUUAAUUUACAUUACAAUAACGCUUAUCAGAAUCAUCCCAAUCAGUAUCCCGAAAUCAAUAUGCGGCAUGACACGACUUUCAAUGACAACCAUAUGAACCAACAGCAAAACUAUAGAAAUAACAUGAACACAAUGGAUAACUUGAUUGAGGCUACUGCAAAUCUAAAUCUACUAUCGAAUCAAGCUAGGCCUAAUGAAGAAUUAUCGCCAGGUAGGGGCUACCAGGCACAUCCAGAGCUCUAUAGCCAAAAACAAGCCUACAUUUCUAACCAAAAUUUGCAAGAAAUACCACCAUUUAGGCGGAAUAAUGAUAUGACGUAUCCAGAACACUAUCAGCGUCGACAACAGCAACAACAGCCCAAUGGUUACAUGGAACAACAGAAUCCAAUGUAUUCUAAUAUGAACUACAUGAACCAGGGUUACAACGGCCGGCAGUACAAUUAUGGGGCCCGUCAGGAGUAUAGCGGUCUUCGUACCGGCGGGCCAUUCUUACCUGGUUCUCUGUUAGGCUUCCAGAAUGCAGCUGUCAAUGAACAGGCUCGGGCUAUGCUGGGCGUAGCGGAUAUUAACUGGAAGGUUGGCGACAGAUGUCUGGCUCUCUACUGGGAAGACAAUAAUUUUUAUGAAGCGGAAAUAACGGGUAUAUCCGCGAACACGGUAGUGGUGAAGUUUUGUGCGUACGGUAAUCAUGAGGAAGUACUGAAAUCUAACUGUUUACCUUAUCCUAACCAGGGUAAGAGCGGGCGGCUUCUCCCGCGGCGUGUUCGCUCGGCGGCCGUAGUACCCGGCGGCGGCGGCGCGGCCCCGCCUCCAGCCAGUCGGCCGGUGACGUCACCCGACGCCCCUACCAAGAGUCGCCUUCACGUUCGAGUUGACACGUAUUAG